UCUGACAAAGAGACCGUGAUGAGAUCGAGCAUCACGCAACACACGCAGAAGGAUGCUGGCGACCGUGUCUAAAAACACACACACUGACACAUACGGCUAGCGAGCUGGAAAAAGCGAUGUAGCUUUGAAGAUGCCAUACUUUCUCGUCUCUCGUUUUCUCUUCUUUCUCUUGUUGUCCAACAUUAGAGGCAUAGCUGGUAAAUCCAUCCCUGACAGCGGAGCUCUCGAGGUGCAGGUGAGAGUUCAGGUGUUUGAUGGCGGUGAUCUUUCGCCUCUGCCAAGCGCUGACAUUGCUGUUCACAGUAACCAGAGUGUGUUGGCACAGAGCAAAGCAGGCAGUGAUGGAGUGCAAGUUGUCAGCUUCCUGUACCGCAUGGGAACAUGGGUAAUCAUCACUGCAUCUCAGAAGGAUUACCUCACCAGCUCUGUGCCAUGGCACGCCAGCCGUUUACCCUUGUAUGCCUCUGUCAGUCUUUACCUGAUGGCUCAGAAACCUGGCACGCUGAUCCUAUACGAUGAUGUCAUCCAGGUGUUUCAUGGCUCCCCAAGUGGGCGGAGUCAGCCAUGGUUGCAGGUUCCAAGGCGGAGUCUACAGUUGAACUCCUCCUACACCGAACUGACAGCCGUUUUAACAACAGCCAGAGAGCAGCACGAUAUUAACUCCUUCCCUUACCCAGUCGCCCUGGAAACAAACAGCACAGGAGGGGAGAACGGCUGGACAGACCUGACACCAGUAGCAGCGGUCAGUGCACAGCUGUUUGACCGCGGCGGUGGAGCGGUUGAGGUCAGCGAGCCCGUUCACAUCUCGGUUCCUCUGCCCUCCGAUUCUCACAUCCGCUCUGCCACCAGCAUUCCUGUUUGGAUGUACGACAUCAGGACAGGAUUAUGGGUGAGAAAUGGAACUGGAUUCAUCACACGAGAGGGAUCUCAUCUGUCUCUGGACUUCACCGCCUCACAGCUCGGGUACUGGAUCGCAGCCUUUCGGUCUUCAGCAGGCUCAAGUUUGUCUCACCCGGGCUUCAGGGACAUCACAGCGUACCACACUUUCUUCCUACUCUCCAUCCUGGGAUCUCUCGCUCUGCUUGUAUUAGUUUUGCUCUGUGUUCUUCUUUACUACUGCAGACGAAGGUGUCUGAAACCCAGGCGUCAGCAGAAACAGGUCCAAGCUCCAUCUGCUUUGAACGGAUCCAAGCGGGACCAAGGCACCUCCACGUCCCACUUGAACCUGAUCUGCGGCAGCCAUGCUGAAUCCUCCACCUCGAAUGGCAAUCUGGACGCCAGCAAAUCCGAAGCAUCUCCCUCUCAUGCCUUUAAGAGCGCCCGGGAUGAGUUCUCCAGACACAUCCCUGCCCAUAAACUCAGGCAUUCAAAGAGCAAGCAGUCCAAAGGUGGCCAAAAAACGGCAGAGAGCUUCCCCAUGAAAGUCCACCGAUCCACUGAGACGAGUCUGGACAGCUCCGACAACAAAGAUCGCGAUUACCGCCGGAGGCACGUCGUCAACGAUAACCGUGGCUAUACGUCUGACCCGCCGACUCCGCCCAUCGCAGACAAGCCGCCGGAAUAUUCACAGGUUUUGCAGGGGCCCGAUCACCUCAACCGUCCGACGUCGCUAAACACGCAACCAGGUCAGAUAAUAUUCUGCAGCUCGCUGGAUCAGAUGAAGGAGAACAUGUAUCGCUCUAUGGUGCCGACGCUUGUGAUCCCUGCCCACUACAUGAGGCUGUCUUCCGAGUUCGGUGGCACCGACCAAAGUAAGGAUGGACAGAACCAGGCUGAAAGAGAUGGUGUGAAUUCGCAGGGUACCAGCGGCGCUCAGAACCAGGGUCACCAAGGCCAGACGCCCGGCCACGCAGAAGCCCAACAGUCUCCGGCCGGUUCUGAUGAAAGUGUUUGGCCUCCGGGGGGUCCGCCAGCACCGGUUCACAUCCCCGUUCUGUUUAAUGACUCUACCAUCUCACAGAUGAACGGGGAGCUCCAAGCACUCACCGAGAAGAAGCUUUUGGAGCUUGGGGUGAAGCAGCACCCUCGCGCCUGGUUCAUAUCCCUCGACGGGCGUGACAACGCUCACGUGCGCCACUCAUACAUCGACAUCGGCGCCGAUCUCCACAGCGGCAACCACAGCGCCCAGAGCACGCUGAGCGCUCCCGCCAACAGCAGCAAGGACCGCAGCGUGGACAUGGGUUCCAAAGACACCCAACACGACCGCAAGUCAUCAUCCGGGCGCAAGAGCAAAGAGGAACACCACGGAGGCGGACGCAAGGGUCACGGGAGCAGCAGCUCAGGCAAGCACUAUUCCAAACCUCUGUAUCACGACUCGCUGGAUUUAAGCGGAGGCGCCAGCCGUAUGGGCGCCAGCUCACCACUGGAAAAUCCCCUCACCCCUCUUCUGGACGAGGGUCCCGAGGAGCCCAUGAUGUCGUCGAUACCGCGAAGGGGCCGCAGCCGCGGUAACAGCUCACGUAGCAGCAACAGCGAAACACAGUGUGACUCCGUCACCAGCCCGGAGGAUGACAACGACCCUGAUGAGAACAAAAAGAGUCCGUGGCAGCGUAUCGAGGAACGCCCGCUAAUGGUGUUUCAUCCCAAGAAGUGACGCAGAGAGAAUCAACCCCAGCAGAUGCCUUGACCAGUUACAAAACAAACUAGAGAUGUCUUCAAAUUGAUUUCGAAAGUUUGACAGAUAGUUUUGUCAGAACAUUAUUCAAAGUUCAGAACUCCUUAAAAUGUCACUGAUCAAUUUGAAUACAUCUCAGGGGGUCGCGUCACAGAAGAUCAUUACAGAAAGGAUUAGGUUUCAUCGAAACAGAAAAGGACAUUAAGGAGAGUGUGUUCAAAUAAAAUAAAGCACAACACAAUAUGCUGAUCCACAAAAUGAAGAUCUGGUUUACAAAUGUCCACCUUUCACUCUCAGUUGCUUGGGGAUCAUUAGACACUUUUCGAAUGGAUGGAGUCUUUACCGUUUUAUUUCUAUCAAGAACUUUUGGUUUUCCAGAACUUUGUUCAACUUUUCAACGUAUGUCCUGAUGCAGAAUAUCUCCUUCCACCUUCUCCUGCCUUUGAUAUUCAUUAUUUUGAUGUCAGCUAUUUCAUUGUAAUCUGAAAUUUGGUCUAUACUUCAGAUUUCAAACAUUCCAAAUAAUUUCCCGUAGCCCUAAUCGUAAUAUUAACACGACUUCAUGUUGAUGUUAAAAUGAUGUGAUUUUAUAACCGUUUCUGUAAGUCUUUUGACACGUAGGCAUUUUUAAGUAUCGUAUCAUAUAACUUUCGUCUUUUUUCCACACCACAUGCACUAUUUUUCUCUACAGUUUUAAAUUUCCAAUGAUGAGAUAGGCUAUAUAUAUUAAAAGCUGAUUCCAAAUUCACAUCUCAGUGAACUCCUGUUCACAAUUAUAAUGAAACAACAGUGACUGUGUCUAACAGUAUGUACAUUUUCCAGUUUCGGUUCAGUAUAACACAUUUGUAUUGUUCCAGCUUCCAGAGUGUUUUUCUAUUGUUUAAAGGAUGAAGAUGGUUUUGUCUAUAUGUAUGAUAGCAUUUCCGCGCAUGAGGUAACUAGAAUAGGACGACAGAUUUUUUAUGCCCACAAACCGAUCUUGACAUGAUUCAAGCAUGAUGAUGCAUUUCAUACUGAUGCCGAAUGGAGAGAAAGUUGCCAAAAUGUCAUUUUGAAAUGUAACUAAACACCAGUUUACAGGCCAGCGUUUGUCCGUCAACAUUCUUCCAGCGCUGAUGGGAUUCACACAGGCUGUGAAAAGAAGUUCAUAGAAAAUGUUCAAGCCAUUCAUAAAUGAAAUGUUAAUAAUUGACACCGUUUACCAUGAUCAAAACAAGCACAAGACGUUGUAUUAAUAAAACAGAUUUACAGGGUACCAAUGAGGGCUGAUGUUAUCAAAAACACAUGACUAUCGAACUCAUGACUGAAAUAGAUCUUCUUGUGCUGAUCAGGUGCCAAUCACAUGAGAUCCGUGAUAAAUGUGAUGACUGUCAGUUGCAACAUGUCUUACAGGUAUAUGUGUGUUUCUUGUUUUGUAUGAAUUCUAACAUCUACAAUAUGAGAGGCAAUGAGAUUAACCGAUGGAUUAUUCACAAAAACUGCUGUUUAUAAGCAAGACUUUUGAAAUCCAGACUAAGCUGCAGCUGUGGAAUCCAAGAGAGGAUUUCAAUGUUAUGUUAUACUGUAUAUUGGGUAUUAAGCCUCGAGAGAACUCUCAAAAGGUAUAAAACCGACCCACAAUUUCCGUCUUUUUAAUAUGUCGAGGUUUCUCUGAAAGGGGAGCUCGUGAGAUAAAGACAUCGAAUCAAAGCCAUUCUCUCUUGCUUACAUGCUGUGGGGCGUUUCCACAGGAAAUCUUUAUAUGCCUUUGUCAAUGUACGUUUAUCACAUGACGCUCUACGAACACAUUUUCCUCUGUACUGUGUAAAUAUUUCUCUCUUUAGCUCGAUAUGACUAUGACAAACACUAUUAUGGAUGUUGCUUCCAUCGCGCACAACAGCGUUGCAUAACUGUAAUAAAAAGAUGUCAUGGAACUUUUGCAAUUUUAUAAUUUGUUCAUAUUGGGAAUAUGAAAAAUCACAUGUGACACGAACACUUACAGGAAGCAGACAGUUUCACUUCUGAAGUGUGCUGUAAAAUAAAAAGAAAUUGCAUUUCUCGUGGGUUUUUCUCUUGC